ACAACUAAUAGUGACAUUUGUUUUUUGAAGCCCUUGAAUUUCAUUAUUCCCUAUUUUCUAAGUCGAAUAUAUAUGUCCGCGCCAAAGCAAGGUCCGUUCUCCAGCGGCCGAGAAAUCUCGGCCGCUGAAGAGGGAAAGAAUAAGGAAGGUGGUGGACAUAGUAGAAAGGAGAAGAAGGUUCCUUGGAUGAAGCUAUUCUCAUUUGCUGAUUUUUAUGAUUGUGUUUUAAUGAGUGUUGGAUCCAUUGGGGCAUGUGUUCAUGGUGCUUCUGUUCCUGUUUUCUUUAUUUUCUUUGGAAACAUGAUCAAUGUUACUGGCUUGGCUUUCCUUCAUCCCAAACAAGCUUCUCAUCAAGUUGCCAAGUAUUCGUUGGAUUUUGUGUAUCUAAGCAUAGUAAUAUUGUUUGCGUCUUGGACAGAGGUUGCUUGUUGGAUGCACAGUGGGGAACGUCAAGCAGCAAAGAUGAGAAUGGCUUAUUUAAGAUCAAUAUUGAAUCAAGAUAUUACUUUAUUUGAUACAAAUGCAUCAAGUGCUGAACUUAUUUCUGCUAUUACAACUGACAUUAUUCUUGUUCAAGAUGCACUAUCUGAAAAGGCAGGAAAUUUCUUGCACUAUAUAAGCAGAUUUGUAGCAGGGUUUGCCAUUGGGUUCGCUAGAGUGUGGCAGAUAAGUUUGGUAACACUUGCAAUUGUACCCUUAAUAGCCCUUGCUGGAGGUGCUUAUGCAUAUGUCUCAUUUGGCCUACUUUCCAAACUUAAAAAAUCCUAUCUUAGGGCUGGUGAGAUUGCUCAAGAGGUGAUAGGAAAUGUGAGAACAGUGCAAGCAUUCUCAGGAGAAGAAAGAGCAGUGAAAUCAUACAAAGCAGCAUUGAUGGACACAUAUAAAAAUGGCAGAAAAGCAGGUUUAGCAAAAGGUCUAGGACUAGGGUCUAUGCACUGUGUCCUUUUCCUAUCAUGGGCUUUGCUUGUUUGGUUCACUAGCAUUGUUGUUCAUAAGAAAAUUGCCAAUGGUGCUGUCUCUUUCACUACCAUGCUCAACGUUGUCAUCUCUGGCCUGUCACUUGGACAAGCAGCACCAGAUAUAUCUGCAUUUAUCAUAGCAAGAGUAGCUGCAUAUCCUAUUUUUGAGAUGAUAGAAAGAGACAAAGUAAAUAAAACAUCCUCAAAAACUGGUCAAACCUUAACCAAAUUGGAGGGAAACAUCAAAUUCAAUAAUGUCUGUUUCAAUUACCCUUCUCGUCCGGAUGUAACCGUCUUCAACAACCUUUGCCUUGAGAUUCCGCCGGCGAAAAUCGUAGCCCUUGUGGGAGGAAGUGGAUCCGGAAAAAGCACUGUAAUAUCAUUGAUUGAGAGAUUCUAUGAACCAUGUUGUGGUCAAAUACUACUAGAUGGAUACAAUAUAAAGGACCUUGAUCUCAAAUGGCUAAGAAUGCAAAUUGGACUAGUUAAUCAAGAACCUGCACUUUUUGCUACAAGCAUUAAGGAGAAUAUAUUGUAUGGAAAAGAUGAUGCAACACUUGAUGAAAUAAAUCAUGCUCUGAAGCUUUCAGAUGCUCAAUCUUUCAUUAACAAUCUCCCAGAUGGAUUAGAGACUAAGGUUGGUGAGAGAGGAAUACAACUAUCUGGAGGACAGAAGCAAAGGAUUGCAAUAUCUCGUGCCAUUGUUAAGAAUCCAUCGAUUCUUUUAUUGGAUGAAGCAACCUCUGCUCUUGAUGCAGAGUCAGAGAAGAGUGUACAAGAGGCUCUUGAUGGAAUCAUGGUUGGUAGAACAACUUUGAUUGUGGCACAUAGGCUUUCUACCAUUAAGAAUGCAGAUAUUAUUGUUGUUCUGAAUGAAGGCAAGAUUGUUGAAAUUGGAAACCAUGACCACCUUAUUUCUAACAAAAAUAGUGUUUAUGCAUCUCUAGUUGAAAUCCAGCAGGACUCUUCUACCUCUUUGCAGCAGCACCAAACUUGUGUGGAUUCUAGCAUGGCACCAACUUCGAGCAUAUCUGGUGCAACAAGCUUGGGUGCUAGUUUUCAUUCAGAUAAAGAAUCUGUUGGGCGUUGUGGUUAUAAAGAAGCAGCAGAAAGUGUUGGAAACAAGUCAAAGCGUGUCUCAACAACAAGACUUUAUUCAAUGGUUGGUCGUGACUGGUAUUAUGGAGUUUUUGGAACCUUAGGUGCAUUUAUUGUUGGAGCCAUGAUGCCACUUUUUGCCCUUGGAAUCACUCAUUCUCUUGUAGUGGAAUACUACAUGGAUUGGAACACCACAAGUCGUGAGAUUACAAAAAUUGCUUUUCUCUUUUGUGGAGCAGCAAUUUUAGAUAUCACUGCUUAUACCAUUGAAUAUUUCUCUUUCGGAAUCAUGGGCGAGCGCCUAACUCUUCGUGUCAGAGAGAAUAUGUUUUCUGCUAUUUUGAGGAACGAAAUUGGUUGGUUUGAUGAUACUAGCAACUCAAGUUCUAUACUUUCAUCUCGUUUAGAAGCUGAUGCAACAUUAUUGAAAACUAUUGUUGUGGAUCGAUCUACAAUUCUCUUACAGAAUAUUGCUCUGAUUGUUACUUCAUUUAUAAUUGCCUUCACUUUGAGCUGGAGGAUUACCCUUGUUGUCUUGGCUACAUACCCUUUGAUCAUCAGUGGUCACAUUAGCGAGAAACUCUUUAUGAAAGGCUUUGGUGGCAACUUGAGCAAAGCAUAUCUCAAAGCAAACAUGUUGGCCGGCGAAGCUCUGAGCAAUAUGCGAACCGUUAAAGCAUUCUGUUCCGAAGAAAAACUCCUUCGACUAUAUGCUAAAUCACUUGUUGAACCAUCGAAGCGCUCGUUCAAACGAGGCCAAAUCGCUGGAAUAUUCUAUGGCAUAUCUCAGUUCUUUAUCUUCUCUUCCUAUGGCCUUGCCUUAUGGUAUGGAUCUGUAUUGAUGGAGAAGGAGCUUUCUAGCUUUAAAUCAGUUAUUAAGUCAUUCAUGGUUUUAAUCAUAACCGCGCUGGCCAUGGGGGAGACAUUGGCAAUGGCGCCGGAUAUGCUGAAAGGAAAUCAAAUGGCUGCAUCAGUUUUUGAAGUGAUGGAUAGAAGAACAAGUAUAAGAAGUGAUGUUGGAGAAGAGUUGCUUGCAGUUGAAGGAACAAUUGAGCUAAAAAAUAUCCAUUUUCGCUACCCUUCAAGGCCUGAUGUGGUUAUUUUUAAUGAUUUCAAUCUUAGAGUUCCUUCAGGGAAGACUGUGGCCUUGGUAGGACACAGUGGUUCUGGAAAAAGCUCUGUCAUCUCGCUUAUACUUAGAUUUUAUGAUCCAACAUCUGGAAGAGUAAUGAUUGAUGGAAAAGACAUCAAGAAUCUAAACCUAAAAUCUGUUAGGAAACACAUUGGUUUUGUGCAACAAGAACCGGUUCUUUUCGCAACAUCAAUUUAUGAUAAUAUUCUUUAUGGGAAGGAAGGAGCAUCUGAUUCAGAAAUAGUUGAAGCAGCUAAGCUUGCAAAUGCUCAUAGCUUUAUCAAUGGUUUUCCUGAGGGCUACUCCACCAAAGUAGGGGAAAGAGGAGUUCAACUUUCUGGUGGUCAGAAACAAAGGAUAGCUAUUGCCAGGGCAAUCUUGAAAAACCCUGCAAUCUUGUUGCUGGAUGAAGCCACUAGCGCGCUUGACGCAGAGUCAGAGCGCGUGGUACAACAAGCACUAGAAAAAUUGAUGCAGAAUAGAACAACAGUUAUGGUUGCUCAUAGGCUAUCCACAAUAAGAAAUGCAUAUCAAAUCUCUGUUGUAAAUGAUGGAAAGAUUGUUGAGCAAGGAACUCAUUCAAGUCUAAUAGAGAACAAGAGUGGAGCAUAUUAUAAAUUAGUUAGUCUUCAGCAGCAGAAUGUACAUGAACAUAGUGGAUGAUCUAUAUCAAAAUGGAGAAUGAAUUUUGUAUACUAUAAGCUACCUAUCA